AUGCCCUCCCUCCUGCAUUCCCGGCUAGCCGACCUCCAAGAAAGCGACUCCGUCAUGAACGGCCGUCCAAUCCACGGCAUUCCUCGUGCCAUUCGCCAACACAGCCCGUCAGGAGGCACCUCUCCUGCCCCAGGCUCCGCCGACCCCUCCUCCUCCUUCAACGACCAUACCUCCCCCUAUGGCAGCUACAUCCUCCGCGGCACACCACCCCUCCGCACCGACGCUUCCUAUUUCCACCACUCCACCGGCCACUCUCCACACACCUCGGCACCCAUGUCCCGCCGUACCUCCGGCGACGGUCUCGACAGCCUCCACCAGCAAGACUACAACAUGCAAGACCUCACUCGCGUCCCCUCCUACGGCGCCGCGCUCCGCACACCCGGCGCCGUGACACCUUUUACCGACGGCCCACCUUCAUAUGUCGAAGCGACGAGUCGUCCGCCUUCCCCUCCUUUAUCUCAGUCCGAUAAUAACAGCCCACCACCCGCGCGUCCGGGGUUGGCGCAUUUGAGAAGUGGCGCCAGUACGCCCAGUUCCGGGGCGUCCACAUCGACGCUGACGAGGAGUAUGGCGGGGUUGACGAUGACGCCUGCCAGUGCUGGCGUGGGGAGGAGAGAGAGUGCGACGCAAGGGAAUGGGGGACUGUCGAGCAGGACGCAUGAUGAGGAGUCGAGGUUGAGGAUGUUGAGGGCUAGGACUUAG